CAUUGUUAAGGAGAAAUGCAAAUGUUUACAUUCUGUAGUCAACAGCAAACAGUUUUAAAUCAAAGAAAUCACAUUUUAAGUCAUAACAUAGAUGAAAGCAUAAACUAUGUUUACAAGUUGAACUUGUUUACAUGUUACAUAGCAACCAUGAAUUAUAUAUUUAUAUACAUAUUCACAUAUAUAAAUAUAGGAACUAAUUUUAAACUAAUUUAAAAGAUGUCUAGAAGUACUUUGUAUUCAUUUUGUCAUAUUAAAAUGACAAUUUCUACACCUAUAUUCACUUAUCGCAAUACGAUCAAAAGCCUACAGCAUCUAACUUGAAUAUUAAGGAAAAACUGGAGCAAAUCUUUGGAAAUAACUAGCAUGGUUUUUGCAUAGUUUUCUGUUAUAAUUUAUGAGAAAAGUCUAAAAGUGCUUCUUGAAAAUAAUCUGCAGUGACCUGUAGAAUACUGACAAAACACAUUGGAUAAUUCCGUUUUUUGUCACUAUAAAAAAAUCUAAAUUGGAUUGAGGUUCAGACGUGGACAAAUAGUAGUCAUGGACUACAUACAAAAAUUGAAUAUGUUUAAAAAAACUUCCAAUGAUAUGAUUAGGCAAAAAAAAAAAGAAGAAGAAAAACUCAUCGGCUCUAAAAUCAAAAGCCACAGGUGUUCAGAGUUCUGUUUGUAAAGAAUUUUCAAAUAAUACAUCUUAAAAUAAUAAAAGCAGAAGCUGUGUGGUGCAGUGGGUCAGUAGGUCAUCUGCUUCAUCAAGGUCCAGGGACAAAUGAGGGCGGGUCAUAACUUCCCAGAGGGUUGUCUUUUUUUCCCUCUACUAUCACAGCCUAACUGUGCCCUCCAGUGGACAGACCUGUGGACUUGUUUUUAGGUGAUGUAGUUUACGAGUAUUUCUAGUGUGUCGUGGAUAGAAACUUUUUCUUAUUUUUUUUUUACAAUGUUUACUCUGAUGGCGAAACUUAGAAGGGAAAAGUCUUGCUUGUGUUUGAGUUUGAUCGGUAAGAGCUGCGGCUGGAUCAGUGCAGCCGCCUUUGCGUCUCUACACUGAAGAAAGCAGCAGAAGAAGCGCCUCUGGUUGGGCAGCGCUUCACACACACAAAGUAAAGCGGGAAGGAAGCAGAAGGGCGACUUAUUAAGGAGAUCUGGAGACUCUUGGAGUUACUUUUAUUUCACUUUUAAAGGUCACCUAAGCGCUGGUCUGGACGAAGAGCAACAAAUACUUGCAGGGCCGCUUCCCCGGCCCAAUCUCUGUUAAUGCAAAAUGGGCAACUUUUCCACCAAGGACAACCAUGGGAACACAGGGGCACCUUUGGAGAGUUUCCAUACUCCACCUUCAUCUCCUCAGAGCAGCAUUCCCCAACUUCCACUUCCCACCGCAUCCCCUACUUUACCGCCACCACCAGCUGCAACCAUCACUUCGAGUGGGAAGAAACCACACCAAUGCUCUCCAAGGAGUCCUAUCCCCCCUCCUGAUUGGAAGCCUCCUCCACCAGGUGGCCCAAGCAGCUCUGCAGUCAGUCCCGCAGUGAGCCCUGUUCUCAAGAAAACUGGCAGUAUUGUGGCAGGCAAGGGGCAAGCUUCUUCAGGGAGAAAUGGCGGCCUACCGACCCCUACAUCCAGAACGUCGGGCUCCCAAGUGAAGAGUGUGGCUGUCAGUCCUAUAAAGAGUCUUUCUUCGGUGUGCAGCGCACCACCUGCCACCAGCUCUGUGGAGCAGAGCAAGAAAGAAAGAAACAGUAGUCUGAGGGAGUCCCUCCUGCCGGGUAAAGAAGACAACGACAAACAAAGCAAAGAACUAGCAAAACUCCUGGAGGAGUGCCGGACUGCACUGGGUGUUACAGACAGACAGGAUGGGACCACAAACACAACAGAGAUGCUAAAGCAACUGCUCACUGAAGUGAAAUGUUUAAAGACUACUUUGAAGACAGAGCGGGGGGAAUGGCUACAGUUCCAGGCAGACUUUCAGGUGGCCGUGUCAGUGGCUGACCGCCUGAAGGCCGAGGCAGAAGAGGAGCUUACGGCGUUAAGAACGGCCCACAAGGAAAUUGAGAUGGAGCUGACCGCUGCUCAGCAGAGACAGAAAGAGGCUGAAAAUCAGCUGGUCACUCUACAAGGAGAACUGAAGGAAACCAGGCAAAAACUGUCCGUUUUCACCGAGGUUCAAGACAAAACUGAAGUUCACGCACGACAGGAGCUAAAGAGGUCCAAUGGAGAAUCCACUAUCUCUGAAAGCAAAGAGGGGACCAAUCGGGGCAGAGUGAGGGCAUUGCACAUGCUUGGGGGAGAAAGGAUGGACAGUAAGAGUCAGAAUCUCGAAGUGAGGAAUGUUGUGGACGAUUCAAUAAUAGAUUGUAAAGGCAUGACCAGAAGUUCCCUGAGAAACGUGACCAAUGAGGAUCAGGACGGAGCAGAUGUUCAGUCCAAUAAUUCACGAAGGGUAACAUCUUCAGAGAGGUCAAGAAGCCUGUCUAGAUUGCCUCCAUCUUCAGACAAUGCUGCCAACCAGAAUGGAACCUUCCAGACUAACUCCACUUCAACACUGGGGUCAACCAACAGGAACUUGGGGCAACUAAGAGGAAGAACAUGUCUGGAUUGGCAAGAGGGCAAGUUUUCCAGUGAUGCUGGAAAGCGUGAAGAGUCUCUAAAUAAGUACAACUCAGCCCUCACCGAGCUGCCACCCACGAAAUCCCAGGAUGGUUUCAACCUACUGCUGCGUCGCCAUGGAGGCUCAAAGAGAAACUCGCUGCUCCGCUGGUGUCAGAGCAGAACCCAAGGAUACAAGAAUAUUGACAUCACGAACUUCAGCAGCAGCUGGGCAGAUGGCCUCGCAUUCUGUGCUGUCUAUCACACCUACCUCCCUUCACACGUCCCGUACAGCAGCCUUAGUCCUGAGAAUAAGCGAGAAAAUCUCAGCCUGGCCUUCAAAACAGGAGAGAUUGUGGGGAUCACCCCAUCACUGACAGCAGAUGAGAUGCUGCGAGCUGGUGGACCUGACUGGCAGAGGGUGCUGGGUUAUGUGGAGAGCAUCUACCGUCACUUUGAGAUGUGAGGCGAUACAGGGGGAAUAUUUUGAAGAACAUACACAUUUUUUCAUAACUUCCACCAGUUCUACCAAAUGGUGGCAAUAGUUGAUAGGCAACUUGGCAUUUUGGUCCAGUUAUAAAUUUUCUGGAAAAGGUCAAAACAAGGAUGUAUAACCUGCGUUGUGUGCUUUAACAGCUACUGGCUCUUGUAAUAAAGUCAAGGAAGUGCACUACACAAAAUAUAUGACCAAUAGUUGAAGGCAAACAGAGGAUCCAAAAAUUACUUACACUUAGCGAUUUCUUAGAUAUUUAUCUUUGAAAAUGAGAAUGAUCAAUAAAGGGCAUGUUUCAUGACUUUUAGGAAUUUUCGUUGAAACUUUGUUUCCAAAAGAUAUUCAAAAAUAUAUAUAUAUAUAUUUUUUAUGUCUAGUUCCCUAACAAAACAGAAAGCAAACAUAGGGCAGUCCAAAAACGAGUUGAAAGAAUGAUAAAGUCAUCUGUUGGACAGAGCAGAACAGAAUUGUCAAUCAAGAAGAGAGCAGUGAUGAGGAAGUCUGCAGAAGAGCUUAACCUCCCAUUAAGAUUAAUCUAAAGGCUCUAAAUGUGUCAAAAAAGUUGCUUUUGAAUUUUUUUCAUUUAUAAAUUAAAUAAAGCAAUUUAAUUUCUAAAUUAAAUCCACAAUGCUUUGGAAAAUUGGCAGAUUGCAACUUUUUUUUUUUUUUUAUGGAUUUCCGACACUGAUACAUGUUGAAAUUUGCCCUUCAAUGUUAAAAAGCAUUGGAUAUCUUUUUGUUUUUUCAAGCAUUCUUUUGUGGAAAAUGCUAAGUUACUGUAAGUGUCUCCGCACUGGUACUUUACUGGUAGUAAGUACUGUAUACCAAAAGAACUCUGAAAGCAGCUUUCCCUUCUACGUAUGGUUUUAAUUGUAUGUUUUGCCUUUUGCUUUUAUAUGUGCAAAAAUGCAAUAUUUACUGGAUGCCUUGGUACUCUGCGGACGUGCACUUUUGAGAUGCCAUUGCUCUACAUUACAUACCUGGGCUCUUUUAGAGGCUUGAGGCUUCUUCCCGUUAAAAGGGAGUCAUUCCUUCCCACUAUUGCCACAUGCUUUCUCAGGAUAAGAGAUUGCUGCAAAGUUAAUGACACAGUGCAGUCAACCAUCCACUAUCACCUCAUGGCUCAAGAGGAAGAGCUGAUGUGAAGUCAGUAAUGUAAUGCAAAUUGCUGUCCUUCCUUUGAUAGAUAACCUUUGACCAGUUUGUGUCACAAAAGGGAAUUUGACUGCAAUGAAACAACUCUGUGUGAAUCAGCAUCUGAAUUUUAACCCAUCUCUAUGAUGUGAUUGAAUUGAUUUGACUAUCAAUUCAAUCAAUUCAUGACAUACCAGUGAUGUUGUCAGAGGAGAAAUAAUUCAAAAGCUGCAGCUUGUACUGACAGAUACAAGCUGUACUGACAGAUACAAAUGAACUGUAUCUGUCAUGUACAGUGCCUUCAGAUUACAUAGUAGAGAUUAGUACUGAAUGACUCUGACUGAACCAAGGUCAGGUCAGGUCUAAAAUGAUGAUUAUGAGCACAUGCAGCCUGAAAACCCCUUUAGUCUGCCAGUGUCGAUUGGGUACUCUGGGAUCCGAAUUACAAAAUUACUAACGUGACAAAGACAAAUACUUGCUUACGCAGACUUUUAAAUCCAGUUUCAACACCAUCACACUUCUUUCUGCUUCCUCACUAAUUCGUAACUGCUGUUGUUGCUACGUGUUUAAGCUAGGUUUGUUGCCAAAGAUUUAUGUGCCAAAUUUUGGAUACUGUUCUGUAAAAUAAUGUCAAUAUGUAACUAGUGUGAACAGCUUAUUCCAAAGCAAUAAAGUGUUAAAAUAUU